CUCUCUCUCUCUCUCUCUGCCUGUCUGUCUGUCGUAAAGUGCCUGGAGGAAGGAGGGAGGCAGCAGAACUACAGUAUAUUACAACUAGGGCUGACUAAGUGUUGUCCUGUCUCCUUGUAGAUUACUGCCACAGACAGGAGUUGUCACUGAAAGCUUGCAGUUGUUUGGUUGCUUUAUAUCAGACUUUUAUGGGCUGUUUGAAUGACAGCGAGGCAGAAGGGCGGAAUCGGUUCCUCUUUGACUUCUAAGUGGCAGUCCUCUUACCUCAGAGCUCGCUCUGUUCUCUUCAUGGCGACAUAACUCCUUCUUUUUAAAUUUCCCAGCGUGAUUCAACUUAUUACCAAUGAGCGCGAGUCGCAGCGUGCGUGGACUUCAUCAUCAUCAUCGUCAGCAGCAGCAGCAGCAGGAGAAGAAGAAGAAGGAGACCUUUUAAGGAGACAGUGGAUAAAGUUGGAUUUUUGUCGCGCCUCGCAGACUUUCCUUUUCUUUCCUUUUCCUGUUUGUUGAGUUUUUAUUUCAGCACAGGAAAUCAUGACUUCGGUAUGGAAGAGACUGCAACGAGUUGGUAAGAAGGCUUCAAAGUUUCAGUUUGUAGCCUCUUACCAGGAACUCACUUUGGAGUGUACGAAGAAAUGGCAGCCAGACAAGCUGAGGGUGGUGUGGACCAGGAGGAACCGACGCAUGUGCUCUAAGCUCCACAGUUGGCAGCCUGGAAUCAAGAACCCCUACAGAGGCAUGGUGGUGUGGCCUGUCCCAGAGAACAUCGACAUCUCUGUUACACUGUUCAAGGAGGUCAGUGCUGAUGAGUUUGAGGACAAAGACUGGACAUUUGUCAUUGAAGGUGAGAACAAGGGGCAUCGUAAGGUGCUGGCAUCAGCAGACAUCAACCUGAAGCGGUUUGCCAGUCCCACGCCGACCCAGACUGACCUGACAUUGAAGCUGAAGCCGUUGUCUAUCAAAGUGGUGGAAGCCACGCUCAAGCUGUCGCUGUCAUGUGUAUUUGUUCGGGAGGGGAAAGCCACUGAUGAAGACAUGCAGAGUCUGGCCAGUCUGAUGAGCGUCAAACCUGCAGACAUUGGCAACCUGGAUGACUUCAACGAGAGUGAUGAAGAAGAGGACAAGAAGUCUGUCACUGCUACAGUAGUUCCACACACUUUGGUUCGUCCAAAUCGCCCUGCUCCUCCUCCACCCAGUCUGAAACAAACCGCCGUCACCUCAGCUGGUGGACAUGAUGCCAGUCCUGCUGUUCACUGCCGCCCCCCUCUGCCCAUCACUCCUCACCCCUCACCCCGACGCUGCCGCCACCCCAUGACCACCACCCCUGUACACUUAGAGAUCCAACCUUUCCCCAGGCCUUCCCCCCAGCCCUCACCCAGAUCUAAGCAUAAAACUCCUGAUUCUCUUCCCCCUUUUGAAUCGUUACCUAAUCCUCCAAGUUCCCAGAUCACAGCAGCUGCCUCCUCAGUCCAGAGCGCCUCCUUUAUCCUCCCUCUUUCUGAUGUGUCUACUGCAAAUCCUCCAUCCCACGAAUCUUCCAGUCCUUCCAUAAUCACACCUUCUUCCCUUCAUUCUCCAUCUGAGUCUGUGUCUACUUUACCUUUUGCUUCAGUUGAGCCUUCUUUAACAAUUAAAUCCUCCUCAAAUACCCCCUCUGAAGUGCCAACUCCCAAACCUUUCUGCCCUGCAUUGUCACCAUCUCAGAGCAUCAUAACAUCAUCCUCCACAGCUCCACAAAAGUCUUCUAUCACGGUACCCACUAUUCUGACCCAUAAGAUCACCUCUACUGCCUCCCAGCUUCUGCCACCCGUAUGCUCCUCUCCCCCAAACCCCACAGUUUCCUCUGAGCCUCCAUCCACUAACCCUCCAACCACCAGGAGUCUCUCUCAGCCUCCCUCUCUGCCCAGAAUCUUUCAGCCAGGCUCAGGAAAAGUUCCUGUUUCACAUCAACGGCGCCCACUGGAGGUUCAAACUACAGAUGAUCUUACUUCAGCCUCUGGCCGUUCUCACAUUUUCAGACCUCACAUCGUCAAGUCAAUCGCACGUCCCUCCUCACCCUCUCCUUUUUCUGCUGAUGCCCCUCCUCUUGCAUCAACACCUCCUCUCCCUAAAUCUCAGCCCUCUAUUGCAGAGUCAGGUGCCCAGGGGGCGUGGUUGACCUGCGGUGCUGACAUUACCCCUGUACCUCUGCUGAGUAGUCCUGACCUUGAUGCUCUCUGUGACCCCAUGGCUCCUGCCCUUGCUGCCUCCCUUCCACGUUCCUCUCCCCCUCAUUCCUCUUCUCUUUCCACCUCUGUUUUAUUCUCCUCUCUUCACCCUCAGCCCACUGUCUCUCCUUCUGCUCCUCCUGCUCAGAUCAGCUCCUGUCAGUCAGGCUCAACCUUUCCCUUCACUCAAGCUGAUAAGGAAUCAACUCAAAGCCCUCUGAGCCAGAAUAACCAGGCAGUGGCGAACAUCGGAAUAUCCAACCUACCACUCAAAACAGCCCAGGAUUCAAAGGUGGCGGUCACAGAAAACAAAGCCGAACCAGCAAGGAUCAGAGAGGAUGCUGCUGAGAUGGAAUCCCCUGUCGGGCAAGAGUACCAGCCAGUCACAGCAACAGACCCAAAAACACAUUACAUAGUUCUACCUCCUGUUCAACCCAGCGCUCCAUCAGUUAUAGAGGAGCCCAAAGAGCCAGAGGGACCCAAUGUGGAACUAGCAACCUCAGUUGAGGUUUCCCACAAACCAGCUUGCAAGCCCGCAGCCUUGCCGCUGGAGCCACUGCUGCCUUCAAAACCAGACCCAGAACUGCGGCCGGAACAAGAUCUCCAGCCAUCAGAAAAACCACAACAGGAGGGAGCAGAUGAGCAGAAACCAGCUGGGGUCGUGGCUGGUGGUCAAGAGAGUCCUGUCAACAAUAAGGAGCCAGUGUGUGAGGCAGAAAAUCAGCUAUGGGUGACUGUGGAGGAGACCACAGGGGAGACAGCAGCGGAAGGACGGAUGGAAAGUAGUGAGAGCACUGAGGAGAAGGAUCAGAAGCAGGAGGAGAGUGGUGUAACAGGGGGGGCUGAAGGUGGAAAGAAGAAACCACCAUCACCACAAGAGUUCACCUCUAGCACACACACUAGUGAAAAAUACAUCACUCCUCCACAUUACUGUGAGAUGAAGACAUCUCGACUUCCUACGUUACCAGAAGAAGAGACCUCUGACCUCAAGUCUUCUGAUGCUGCUCCAAUAGUGAGAGAAGGGGCUGAUGGGAAGGACGAUGCAGCUGAGGACCUGGUGAACUCCAGUCAGUCACUGCUCCAGUGGUGUCAGAAAAUCACCAACGGGUACCGGGGGGUAAAGGUCACCAACUUCAGCACAUCCUGGAGGAAUGGCCUGGCCUUCUGUGCCAUCCUACAUCACUUCCAUCCAGACAAAAUAGAUUUUGACCAGUUGGACUCUCAUGACAUCAAAAUCAACAACAAGAAGGCGUUUGACGGUUUCGAGGCUCUGGGCAUCUCUCGUCUGUUGGAGCCAUCCGACAUGGUGCUUCUGUCCAUCCCUGACCGACUCAUAGUCAUGACCUACCUCAGCCAGAUCCGCUCACACUUCACCAACCAGGAGUUGAGCGUGCUGCAGAUAGAGCACAACAGCAGCCAGUCCAGCUAUGGCAUCGCCCUCUCCAGUCCUGGUCCCACUAAUGUUGACGCUGCUGCUUUCUGCAUGGCCAGACUGAAUGAAGGAGUGAGCCUAGAAGAAGGAGGAAGCAGCACGUUGGUUGUUCCACCACCAAGGACCAAACGACUGCUUAAAGUGGACGAAUCAAUAACCCCAGUCUCAUCUCCAAGGUCGCUAAUCAAAACAGUCAAAUCUGGAUCUCAGGAUGAAGACACAAUGACUGAGUCUCCAGCAGAAAUCUCUAAUAAUACAGAGUUGCAGAGCCCGGCUGAGACACAGCCGACCAAACCAGAGGAUGAAACAAUGUGUCUGCAGGAUACCAGCCAGUAUGUGCUUAGUGAGCUGGCAGCGUUGGAGACGGAGCAGAAGCACAUUGAUAGCAGAGCUGCUGUGGUGGAGAGAAGACUGCGAAGCCUCAUGGAGACAGGAAGUGACCGCGACGAAGAGGAGAGGUUGAUCCAGGAGUGGUUUACACUGGUGAACAAGAAGAAUGCUCUGAUACGCCGACAGGACAACCUGGAACUCCUGCAGGAGGAGCAGGAUCUGGAAAGGAGAUUUGAGCUUCUGAACAGAGAACUUCGGGUUAUGAUGGCUAUAGAAGACUGGCAGAAGUCAUCCACUCAGCAGCAGAGGGAGCAGCUGCUCCUCCAAGAGCUUGUGUCUUUGGUCAACCAACGGGACGAGAUCAUCAGAGACAUCGACGCCAAGGAGAGAGGAGCACUAGAGGAGGAUGAGCGUCUGGAGCGUGGUCUAGAGAUGAGGAGGAGAAAAUACAGCAACAAAGAUAAAUGUGUCCUUCAAUGAGAAGAGAUGACAAACAGAUUUUACUGCUGAGUCCUCAAAGAUGAUUUUUGAUGGUUUGUUCUUGUUCAGAAUUUUUGCACACAAGAUAAAAACAGGACCUUGUGGCUCUGUAUUUUUUUAGUGCCUUCAUUUUCCUGAAGAACUGUUCACUGUCCUGAGGAAACCUGGUGGGCUGCAAACUGUUUUCUUUUAAAGGGUUUGCUCUGUUCAGUCUGUCUUAACAGAAAGGUAUUAUUUUGAUACUUUUCAUAUAUUUUUAUUUAUUUAUAGGAUGUGUCGGAUUUUUGUAGAUCUAUUGCAAAUAUGUUUCUUUGUGUGUUUGUGUGUUUUGGCUUGUCCUUUUUAUAAAGAGUAAGCUCCCCUUGCUGCAACAUGAGGCAGAAAUAUGCCAUGUCAUUGUAACUUUCAGGGAAAAUUGUUUACAGUAGUCUGCACACAUGAUGUGUCUGGUGAUCCAGAAUGUUUCCAGACAUUUUCACCCUGAAAGUGACGUGAAGUAUUUGGUGGUACUAUGCCAAGACAUUAGAUCUAAAAAUAACACUUGGUAAGUCAUGAGCAGGACUCAAAUCCACAAUUCUGAAAGUACAUGGUAAAUGCUUUCAACUGCAUGAUGAUCCCAAACAUCAUGUUUCAAAUCCCUGAAAAGUAUAACACACUUCUUGCAUUGUUACAUUUGGUUUCAUUUUUAAAAGUGACAUGUUGAAAGACUUCAUAUUAAGGAAUUAUCAAGCCUCGUGCACACACAAAGGAUGCCCAAUUUGGUUUCAAGCAUUUAUUUGAACUUAAACCCUGAAUGCCUUAAAGCACACAGACCUUCAUGAACUUCUUUCUUUUGACUACUUUGUUUUUUGUGUGCUGAUAAAGUGGUACUCUGCUUCUCAUCACUACUGUAGGUACCCAGUCCAAACCAAUCCAUGACAAAGCAGAUUCAAAAGUUCUAAGAAAAUAUAAUAAUAAAUAAAUUGCUGAGACAAA